GCGGCGGCCAGGAGCGGAGAGCGGCCCUGCGGGGGGCGGCGGCCGGGACCCGAGAGCGGCCGUGCGGGGGGCGGCGGCGGCCGGGACCCGAGAGCGGCCGUGCGGGGGGCGGCGGCCGGGACCCGAGAGCGGCCGCGCGACCCCCGGCGCCGGGCCCCGCGUCCCGCCGGGCGGCCCCGCCGCAGCCCCAUGAGGAGCACGGGCGAGGCCCGCGCCCCGCCGCCCUGCAGCCCCGCGGGCACCGCCAGCUCCAUGUCGCACGUGGAGGACUCGGACUCGGACGCGCCGCCGUCGCCCGCGGGCUCCGAGGGUCCCGGGCGCGCGGCGGGCGCGGGGGGCGGCGGGCGCGCGGCGGCGGCCGAGGCCGACGAGCGCUUCCCCGCCUGCAUCCGCGACGCCGUGUCGCAGGUGCUGCGCGGCUACGACUGGAGCCUGGUGCCGCUGCCCGUGCGCGGCGGCGGCGGCGCGCUCAAGGCCAAGCCGCACGUCAAGCGGCCCAUGAACGCCUUCAUGGUGUGGGCGCAGGCGGCGCGCCGCAAGCUGGCCGACCAGUACCCGCACCUGCACAACGCUGAGCUCAGCAAGACACUGGGCAAGCUGUGGCGCUUGCUGAGUGAGAGUGAGAAGCGGCCCUUCGUGGAGGAGGCUGAGCGGCUGCGGGUCCAGCACAAGAAAGACCAUCCAGACUACAAGUACCAGCCAAGGCGCAGGAAGAACGUCAAGGCCGGCCAGAGUGACUCGGACUCCAGCGCCGAGCUGGGCCACCACCCUGCAGGGGCUGGCUACAAGGCCGACGUGGAUGCACACAGCCGCAGCAGCCUCACGGGGCAGACCCACGGGCCGCCUACCCCGCCUACCACACCCAAGACCGACGGGCACCCGGCCGCCAUGCAGGACCUGAAGCCCGAGGGGCGCCGCCUGCUGGACAGCAGCCGCCAUAACAUCGACUUCAGCAACCUGGACAUCUCCGACCUGAGCAGUGAGGUCAUUGGCAACAUGGACGCCUUCGACGUGCGAGAGUUCGACCAGUACCUGCCGCUGCAUGGCCACGCGGCCCCACCCGCAGAGUCUGGCCCGCCCGCCGGUCCCGGCUCCUAUGGGGCCCCCGCCUACCCCCACUCUGGGGUGACCGGUCUUGGGGUGUCCCCCGCCUGGGCGCACAAGGGAACCCCAUCAGCAUCCCCCACUGAGCCCCCGCGGCCUCACAUCAAGACGGAGCAGCUGAGCCCUGGCCACUACAGCGAGCAGCCCCACGGCUCUCCAGGCCGGUCCGACUUUGGCGCCUAUAGUGCCCAGGCCAGUGUCACCACGGCCCCCUCUGCUGCUGCGGCUACCGGCUCUUUUGGCAGCUCACAGUGUGACUACACCGACCUGCAAGCUCCCAGCUACUAUGGCCCGUACCCUGGCUACCCGUCCAGCCUCUACCAGUACCCCUACUUCCACUCGUCCCGCCGGCCCUACGCCUCGCCUCUGCUCGGUGGCCUGUCUGUGGCGCCUGCACACAGCCCCCCCAGUAACUGGGAGCAGCCUGUCUACACCACCCUGACCAGACCCUGAGUCUGCCAGAGCCUGUGGGGGCCAGCCUGGGCCAGGAGCAUGAGUGCAGGGCGGUGCCAGCCUUGGGCACCCUGAGGCAGCAAGCUUGUCUCUUUGCUUCCAGCUCCCCAGUUCCCAGACAGCCCUUCCCCAUGGCACCCCGGCAAUGACUGUGACUCCAAACGCAGUGUGUGGCCCUGGGCCCUGGACACAGCCACACAGCGUCCCCAGAGGGAAGAGCACGGUGGUCCCCGGACCCCAGGCUCCCUGCAGAACUCUCAGCAGCGCCCAGACCAGCCCGCUCGUUGAGUGCUUGGCCGUGCGUCACACGUGCUCUCGUGCUGUUUCGUCAUGUUUAUUUUUGAGGCUUAAAUGUGUUUGAUUUGUUUUGAAAGCUGUUAAAAUGUAUUUAUGUUCUGUGUUAUUUUAUCUUUAAUUAAGGAAGUAAUUUGUGAGGAGAGUAGCAUUUAAGACAGAAAAUGCCCAAGAGGAGAUGAAGGCUGGGGCAGGGGGUUUGGAAUGCGGGAGCAGGGAGCAGGGUCCCAGUUGGGGUGUGCCUGGCCCCGGUCAGUGGAGGCUUAGGGAGAGGGUGCUGUCCUGGCUGGAGCAGACAGAGCCCCUUCUCUGGGCGCCUCACCCCACAGGCCGACUGAACCCGACCACCUCAUGGAAACUGUGCCUUUAAAACUUUGUACGUGUAAAGCUAUUGAGGAGUUGCUUCUUUUUACUUUUUCUACUUUUUCUAGAAAAGACGUUUUGGCAUAUGUCUGUCCGUGCCGGACUGGCGCUCACCUUCCGCUUCCCCUUUCUGACCGAGCAGCUAACUUUUGUACAGCGCGAUUGAUCAGAUUAAACACAGGCCUUUGACCAUG